AUGGACUUGAGUUUCCCUCACAGCUCCUCAGUCAACAAUGGCAUUUCUCAAGACACCUAUCUGGGCAAGCAUUUUAAGCUACGUUUGCCUGGCAUUGAUCGCCUCGUUGAAUUCAUUCUCGAGAAAGGUCGUAACUGUCUCAUUUUCAAGAAGGACUUGCGUCGGGCUUAUCGACAGUUUCCUGUAGACCCCAAGGACUAUAAUUUACUGGGCUUUUGUUAUAAGGGUAAAUUUUAUUUUGACACUCGUUGUCCUUUCGGUUUGCGUUCGUCAGCUAUGAUUUGCCAACGCACGACAAAGGCGGUCAUCCAUAUCUUCACUGAGCAGGGGUUUUUCGCAGACGUUUAUCUUGACGAUUUUUACGGCGCGGAAUAUCCAUCUCUUGCAGCCCAGGCCUUUUCCUGUCUCGGUCAGCUACUCCAACAUCUUGGCUUAGAUUCUUCUCCUGAGAAGGACUCGCCUCCUUCAACGUCCAUGAUUUGUCUUGGUCUUCUUGUUGACACUGCAGCGUUCACCCUCGAGGUUCCUCCUUCACGUCUUGACGAUUUACAGGCCGAACUCAAACUUUGGCAAUCCUCUACCUGUUUUACUAAGAAACAACUUCAGUCCCUCCUAGGGAAGCUCUCUUUUGUUACCGCUUGCGUUAAGCCCGGUAGAAUCUUCAUGGCUCGACUCCUAAAUAGUCUUCGUGAGUGCACGCAGCCAGCCCGUCACCGAUACCCCAUUUCUGCUUCUGUGCUCUCAGAUAUUCAGUGGUGGCUCGAUUUUCUUCCCCGGUUUAAUCGUGUAUCGCUCAUCAAGCCUUCCUCCUGGGACUUUGAGAGCCUUAACUUCUUGACUGACGCCUGCCUUUCUGGAGGUGGCGCUACUUGUCAAACGGAGUGCAUUAGCUUUGUUUUUCCUGAUUGUAUUUCUCCUGACAAUCUUCAUAUCAACGCGCUGGAACUUUUCACGAUCAUUGUUUCACUCAAGCACUGGGCUCCUCAGUUACGCGGACGCAAAUUCAUCAUUGCCUGUGAUAACUCCGCUGCGGUGACCGUUAUCAAUUCUACAAGAUCCAAGGAUCCUUUCAUGCAGCGCUGUCUGCGACAACUUUGGUUCACCGCUGCUCUUUUCGAUUUUGAAGUUCGAGCAUUACACGUUCCUGGAAAACACAAUCAAUUCGCGGACUGUCUCAGCCGUUGGCAUUCCGAUGCUUCAGCUCGCGAUACUUAUUAUCGUCUGUGUAGUGACUUUGAUCAGAUUUUUCAUUAUCAAGAUAUUGACUCUGCUUGUUUUUCUUUCAACGUUGCGUGA